AUGGGUGACUCCUACUCAGCCGGUUCUGGCGCUACGGUCGUCAACCGACCGACAAUAGAUACCAGCAACCUCAGCAACGAGAAGCCUCAGUCCCCUAGCAUCGACCCUUCACGCCUCCACAGCAUGGACGCCGACCCCAAGCGUCUCCAGAGCCUUGACAUUCCUCUCGAGCACUCUCGCUCGCCUCCAUCGCCCAACAUCGCUGUCAACCCAGCUCUUUUCCGCAAGCAGACCUCACUCGACCUCGACGACUACUUUACCGGUCCUCGUGAUAUCCAAAAGCAUUCGAAAUGGCCACUCAUCAUGCAGAUGCAUGGCUCCAUUCUGCCUAAGCUGAUUGUCCCUCUGGUCAUUGUUGGUGGUUGGUCGACCGUCAUCACUGUCAUUUCCGAGCGGGUCCAUCCGUUGGGAAUCGACUCGGUUCUGCUUACUGUUCUGGGUUUCCUCGUCGGUCUGAGCUUGUCGUUCCGCUCUUCGACUGCGUACGAGCGAUAUGCAGAGGGUCGCCGUUACUGGGGCAUGCUUACCAUGGCCUCUCAGACACUUGGCCGUGUCUUCUGGAUUCACGCUAGAGACCCCGAGGAUCAGGACCCUCGCGAGAUUACCCUCAAGAAGAUUGGUGCCAUGAACCUCAUUGUCGCCUUCGCCGUCUCUCUCAAGCACGCUCUGCGAUUCGAGCCUUACAGCGCCUACCCGGACCUUGAGCACCUCAUCGGUCAUCUCAACACGUUUGCCAAGGAGGCCACGGCAUGCGACCCUGAUGCCAACUCCAUCAAGAAGAAGAACAUCUUCAAGUCGACCGGAGAAUACCUCGGCGUCUCUUUCGCCACGAGCAACCCUCGCAAGGCUCUUAAGAAAACCAGCCAGCCUCUUGGCAACCUUCCCCUCGAGAUUCUCAGCCACCUUGCUGUCACCCUUGACAAGAUGGUUGCCAACGGACAGCUUGACGUUCCCAUGCAGCAGACACUUGCCUACAACCACCUCACAAUGAUGAACGACGUUCUGGUUGGCUGCGAGCGUGUCACCAACACUCCUCUCCCGAUUGCCUACACGAUUGCUAUCAGCCAAAUCACCUUUGUCUAUGUCAUGCUACUGCCCUUCCAGCUCGUCAAGCCCCUCCACUGGGCCGCCAUUCCCGCUACCAUUGCCGCCGGCUACAUUAUCUUUGGUCUUCUCUUCAUCGGUCAGGAGAUUGAGAACCCCUUUGGACACGAUGUCAACGAUCUGCCUCUCGAAAUCUAUUGCGAUCAGAUUGCUUCUGACUUGGAUAUCAUUGCGUCUCAUGAUAAGCGCGAGCCGGAUGCAUUCCUUCUCAGCAGCCAGAACAUGCCCCUGUACCCUGUCAGCCUUGCCUCUGCCCGCACCUGGAUGAAGCGCAGCGACGAGCAUCUCCGAAAUGCUAUCAAGGACAAGCCCAGGACCGUCUUUGAGUGGCGCAAGAAGAAGGCGACUGGCGAAUCGCUCAGCAACGAGAUGCGCGGCGAUGACAACGUCUAA